GUGUUCGAUCUCACUUUGUUCACUUGUCUUUUUUGUUUCCUCAAACAUGGGCAAUAGACCGAACACUCGAAAUCUCCUCAUUACUAUUGUUGGAACAUUGGUCAUAUGUUCAUGUCUGAUUAGCGUAAGCCAAGCAAACCAUCUUCCUGAACAAAGAAAGCGGCGCGAACUAAGCCAAUGCAACAUUUUCAAAGGUCAUUGGGCAUGGGAUGCUUCAUAUCCUAUGUAUGAUUCCUCAAAAUGUCCAGAAAUUCGCAAAGAAUUCGAUUGCCACAAAUACGGCCGCCCCGAUAAGUAUUAUCUCAAGUUCCGGUGGCAGCCAAAUGAUUGUGAUAUUCCAAGGUUUAAUGGAGUGGAUUUUCUAACGAGAAUGAGAGGAAAGAAGAUAAUGUUUGUUGGAGAUUCACUUAGUCUUAACAUUUAUCAGUCGUUAAUUUGCAUGCUUCAUGCUGCUGUUCCUAACUCCAAUAUCACUCAACCAUCUGGUGGCAUGAAGUCCUGGUUUUUUCAGGAUUAUAAUGUUAGUGUUACGAUGUAUUCUUCUUUAUACUUUGUUGACAUUGAGAAAGAGGAAAGCGGUCGAGUUUUGAAGCUGAAUUCGCUUAAAAAUGGCAAAAUUUGGGAGGAGAUGGACGUUUUGAUUUUCAAUACUUGGCUAUGGUGGAACAGGAUGGACGAUAAGAAACAAUGGGACUAUAUACAAGAUGGGGAUGUAAUACAAAAGGACAUGGAUCGGAUGGUCGCGUUUAAAAAAGCAUUAACGCUUUGGGCAAAAUGGGUUGAUUCUGAUAUUGAUCCCAACAAGACUAAAGUUUACUUCCAAGGAACCAACCCUAUGCAUUAUGAUGGGAAGGAAUGGAAUGCACCGGGGGUGAAGGGGUGCUCCAAGGAGACAAUGCCUAUGAAAGGAUCAAGUUACCCGACUAGAGCACCACCCGUAUUAGAAGUGGUAAAACAAGUACUAAGCACGAUAUCCAAACCCGUUUAUUUACUUGAUAUCACAACUCUUUCACAACUAAGAAAAGAUGGCCAUGCCGGUGCUUAUAAUGGUUUCCAUGGAAUGGAUUGCAAUCAUUGGUGUAUAGCUGGGGUUCCUGAUACUUGGAAUCAACUUCUCUACACAACUCUUUUAAUGUGAUGUUAGUUUUUUUUAUUAGCUACGUACAACUUAAUUCAUGUAUUGGAAUUGGAAUUACAAGCAUGAUCGAUAAAAUUCAGUUUUAAACGGUAACAAUUAGUCACUCGACAAGGACGACACCGCCUUAAAUCUCGAUGUUAUAACCAAACACGUGCCACGAACGAUUAGGAACAAACACGCAAAUACAAUAUAUUACAAAUAGC